AUGAGUGAAAAAAAUGCAGUCAGUCCUGUCAAGUACUUACUGUGUGGUGGUUUCGGUGGAAUGUGUGCAGUUGCUGUAGAUCAUCCAUUAGAAAUGGGAAUAAGAACUCUUCCAGAAAGCGUACCGGUAACGGUGAAUAACGUUCCGGAGCUGUUCACAUAUUUUGUGAAAACUUUCAGAAGUGAAAGUCUUAAGACAAUAUACAGGGGAUCGGAGAAACGGUUCACAACAGCCGCUUCAAUUUCAUCGUUAUCAUUUUUUGGAUAUGGACUGGGCAGACGAUUGUUGCAGAAGACACCUAGUGAUGACUUGUCAUUUCCUGGUUUAUUCCUUGCCGGCGCAUUUUCGGGUUUGCUAAAAUCACUCAUCGUCCCGUUGAGAAAUGAUAAUAAUAUUUUGAAUGAAUUGAGAAGUUCAGUAAAGAAAUUUGAUGUUCAAGGAGUUCUUCAGUUAAUUAUAAAACGUAAUGGAAUAAGGAAUGUUUAUGAUGGCUCGCGGCAUGUGUUUUACAAGGAAAUACCAUUAACUGGUUUGUAUUUUAUGACUUACGAUGGCCUUCGGCAUAUUAUGGUACCAGAACAUAAAAGAUCAGACAUUUGUGUUUUCAGAACUAUAGUGGCAGGUGGGAUGGCAGGUAUUGUCUUUUCAGCGGCGAGCAUAAUUGUUGAUAAGAUACAAUGCGGAUGCCCACCUGGCUCGGGUUUUAAAGGACUGAAGGACUCCUUGACAAAUCUGACAAAACAGGGCGACAUUUUAUCAGUGUACAGAGGCUAUGCACCUGUAAUGAUACGCGCAUUUCCAGUGAGCGCUUCAUGUUUUCUAGGGUUUCAGACAUGCCUGAGUGUCCUAAACUGGAUAGCGCCAAAUCCAAUAUAA